AUGAGCACGUCUAUGCGCGACCUCAUUUCGGGCGAGGCCGAGCUGGAUGACGAAGAGGAUGAUGAGUCCUUCGAUGAGGAGACCGGCGAAGCCCGUGAAAGGCAGAAUGGAAACAUCGACGACUCCAGCGAAGAAGAGGAGGAUGACGACGACGAGGAGGAAGCGCGUAAGGUGCGCGAAGGCUUCAUCGUCGACGAAGAGGAAGAUGAAGAAGAUGGCGAAGCGCGCCCAGCCGUCAAACGGAAACGUGAACACCGAGACCGAGAAGAGGAAGAGCGUCUCGAUGACGAUGACUUGGACCUCAUUGGCGAGCAGUACGGAGCGCCUGUCAAAGCGAAGCCUCAGUCCAAGUUCAAACGCCUAAAGAGAGGAUACCGCAACGACGACGACGAACCGGCAAACGAGCCCCCUGGGCUGACUGAAAUCUUCUCGGACGAUGACGAGGAAGGCGCUGAUCAACGACCGUAUGGCCGCACCACCUUCCGCCCACAAGCCGACGAAUUCGACGACUUCAUCGAGGAAGAUUUCCCCGAAGACGAAGCCGAAAAGUUGCAACAAAUAGAGGAUGCCGAAGUCGCGAGACCCAGAGACCGUGGCGUGGGUGCCAUUGUCGACACAGCAGGCCUCGACAAGGACGCACUGGAUGACAUGGAGGCCAUCUUUGGCAAUGGCGAAGACUACGGAUGGGCGCUCGAACUGGAAUAUGAGGAAGAAGACCGCGAACGCGAAGAAGGGCAGAUCGAACUCAAGGACGUCUUUGAGCCCAGUCAGCUCAAGGAGAAAAUGUUGACGGACCACGACAACGCGAUCCGUUUCACCGACGAACCCGAACGAUUCCAGCUGGAUCGCGAACCCUUCAAGCACCUGCAACUGUCCGACCAACAGUUCCGUGAAGAGGGCCGAUGGAUCACCAAUCAGAUUUGGCCGAAGAAGAGUCUGCCCCAGGACCUUCAAGGACCGUUUGGCCGCGCCAUCAGCAAAGUCCUCGAGUUUUUCAUUGUUGACGAAGUCGAGGUUCCCUACGUCUUCCAGCAUCGCAAAGACUACCUUUUGCACACGACGAAGACGCGCUCCAACCGUGAUGAUCCUGACAGCAACGAGUUCUCUAUUUCUGCGGAGAAGCUUCUGAACCAGGACGACUUGUGGAAGAUUCUGGAGCUCGACAUCAAGUUCCGAUCUUUCGUGGACAAGCGCAACGCUCUCAAUGCGUCGUACGAAAGCCUCAAGUCCCAGUUUGAGAUUGACGACCCCGUCGUGGAGGAGAUGAGUGCCGAGGCCUUGACCAUGGAAGAGCUGCAAGAUGUUCAGGACUACCUGAACUUCCGCUAUUCUUCACAAUUACGAGAGCUGGCUGCUGCCAAGACCCAAUCACAGGUCAAGCGACCAGGUUCUAAGAUGACGAUUCUCGAUCGUAUACGCAGCUCGCGCGCUUCGGAAUUUGUCAAGGCCUACGGUAUCACAGCGGAUCAACUGGCGAAGAAUGCGCUGCGACAAGGCAAGAAGGUUGCACCGGAUGAUGUCGCCAAUUACCCCAUGGAACUGGCUGACGAUCUGCUCGACAACACCUUUGACACUGGCGAAGCUGUCAUGAAUGCUGCCCGUCAACUCUACUCGGAGGAGCUGUUUGCCAGUCCGCGGAUGCGGAAGCAUUUCAGAACGUCAUUCUACCAAGCUGCAGAGAUUAGCUGCAAACGCACAGAGAAGGGUCUACGACGUAUCGAUGAUUCACAUCCAUACUACGAGAUCAAGUAUAUCCAGAAUCAAGGUGUAGCUGAUCUAGUCCAACAACCUGAGCUGUUCUUGAAGAUGAUGAAGGCUGAGGAAGAAGGCUUUGUUGACAUCAAGGUCGAGAUGCCACGGCGGUACGACUUUCGAAGGCAACUGUACCAGGAAUUUGAGUCAGAAAAUUUCAGUGACCGUGCCGAGCAGUGGCGUGACGAGCGCAGACGGGUCCUGGAUCUUGCCUACCCCAAGCUCGAGAGAAUCACAGCGAGGAGCGUCAAGGAGGUUGUCCGCUCGUUCUGCCAAGACGAGCUGCUGCGAAUAGUGCGCGAGGAGUACUCGAAACGCCUGGAUCAAGCGCCCUACAAGCCCAAGGGCAUGAUUCUGGGGACAGCACCGCGAGUUUUGGCACUAACGAACGGGAUGGGAGACCCUGGUCGCGACCCCAUUUUCUGGGCGUGGGUGGACGACGACGGCCGCGUGCUGGAGCACGGCAAGUUUGUCAACCUUGCGAGAGACGAGGCACAGCGUGACGAGUUUGUGGAUCUCGUGGAGCGCCGGCGUCCCGAUGUCAUUGCCUGCUGUGGCUGGUCAGCCAACUCGAACAAGAUGGUGCGGGACCUCGAUGGCCUGGUUCGUGAGAAGAACUUGUUAGGCACUGAAUUUGAGGAUCCCGACACGGGCGAGUGGAGAAGCGAGCCACUGGAGGUCAUGGUGGUGAACGAUGAGGUCGCGAGGCUGUAUAAGGACAGCAAACGUGGGCAUGCCGAGCAUCCUUCGUUGAAUCCAUUCACCCGCUACUGCGUGGGGCUGGCCCGGUACAUGCAGAACCCUAUGAAGGAGUAUGCUGCCCUGGGCAAGGACGUCUCGUCCCUGCUCUUCCACCCAUGUCAGAACUUGCUGCCGCAAGACAAGGUUGACAAAUACCUUGAGUCUGCCAUGGUCGACAUGGUGAACCUGUGCGGUGUCAACAUCAACGAGGCCAUGUCUGACACGUACAUCGCCAACCUGCUCCCGUUUGUCGCUGGCCUGGGUCCCAGAAAAGCGACGAGUGUGAUCAAGGCUAUCAACACUAAUGGCGGGAGUGUCAACACCAGGGAUGAGCUAGUCGGCGAUAUUGACAGUGGCAAGGUUCCCGUCGUCGGUCCCAGGGUGUGGAACAACUGUGCCAGUUUCCUGUACAUUGAGUACGAUCAGACAAAUCCAUCGUCGGAUCCUCUCGACAACACUCGUGUCCACCCCGAGGACUACGAGCUGGGUCGUAAAAUGGCGGCUGAUGCGCUCGAGCUCGAUGAGGAAGAUGUGAAGGCCGAGGUGGACGAGAACGGCUCGGGUGCCAUUGUCCGCAAACUGUUCAAGCAGGAUGAACAAGACAAGGUUAACGAGCUUGUUCUUGAAGAAUACGCCGAGCAGUUGGAGACCAAUUACCAGCAACGAAAGCGUGCCACGCUCGAGACCAUCCGUGCUGAGCUCCAAGCGCCCUACGAAGAGCUGCGCAGAAAUUUCGCCACACUGAGCACGGCUGACAUCUUCACGACGUUCACAGGCGAGACAGCCCGAACCUUGUGCGAUGGCAUGAUUGUCCCUGUCAAUAUCCGUGUGGUGAAGGAUGAUUUCGCCAUUGCCCGACUGGAUUGCGGCAUCGAGGGUCGUCUCGAGUCUCACGAGGUCACCAACCGUGCGUCCCUCAAGGACGUACUCAGUGUCGGCCAGACAGCCCAGGCCAAGAUCCUGGAGAUCAACUACAAGGAAUUUGUCACUAAGCUGUCGAUGCGUGAGGACACGCUGCGGAUACCAUUCCGCCGUCCGAUCAACCACGGACGUGAUGGGUGGGACUACGACCUGGAAGCCGCCGACAAGGAGGACAUGCGUGAGAAGGACAAGCACACAGGCCGCGUACAGCGUGUCGUGAAGCAUCCCAACUUUCACCCGUUCAACUCGCGGCAAGCCGAGGAGUACCUAGGCUCCAAGUCGAUUGGAGACGUGGUCAUCCGUCCCUCGUCCAAGGGCAACGACCAUCUGGCGGUCACGUGGAAGGUGGCCGAUGGUGUCUUCCAACACAUCAACGUGCUCGAGAUGCAGAAGGAGAACGAGUUCUCUGUGGGCAAGCUGUUGCGCAUUGACGGCAAAUACACCUACAGCGAUCUCGACGAGUUGAUUGUCGAGCACGUCAAGGCCAUGGCACGCAAGGCAGAGGAGCUGAUGCGUCACGACAAAUUCCAGAACCGGUCGCGGGGCGAGACAGAGAAAUGGCUCACGACCUACAUUGACGCCAACCCCAACCGUUCGACAUACGCGUUCUGCGUGGACACGAAGCACCCGGGCUACUUCUGGCUCGUGUUCAAGGCGAGCAGGACCGCCCAGUGUGUGGGCUUGCCUGUCAAGGUCAUCCCCCAGGCCUACGAGCUCAUGAAGUACCAGUACCCGGAUAUGCGUGCGCUCACCAACGGAUUCAAGUUGCGUUUUCAGAACGAGUUCUCCACGAUGGGUGGAAAGUAG